ACGGACCUCGGCGCAGGCGACUGUUUGACGUGAUCGAGCGUUCUCUGCGCCCCUCCUCCCAACUGCCUCAAUUUUUCAUCGAAACUCGCAUUCCUCCUCUCAGAAUGUGAUCCGAGUUCUCACCUUGCUGCGAGUCGCCUAGAACAUGGUUCUGCCAGUGAAAAUUCUGGGCCUUCCCUCAUCUAGGGUGUGUCAGUGGCAGACUGCAUCGACGAUGUUGGCCGAAUCCUUUGUGAUAUUAGUUAUUUUGUCCAGUCAUCUAUCAUGGACUCACGCGGCCGAUAUCACCUGCUCAAAUAUACGACACAGUUACAAGGCAAAGGGAUUCCACCUACGGGAAGACUCUCGUGAGCCGAUGCAAGGUGGUCAGCUGAAAAUCUGUUCACGCGGCCGGACAUGCUGCACGCAAGAGAUGGAGUCGAAUCUGUCAGCGCGGAGUCGGCAGGAAUUCGACCGAGGUCUCCGGGAGAAGACCCUGCCUGUGUACAACGCUCUUCAGACCAAGGCCGUUCAAAUGGACGAAUUCUUCCGGGAAUUGGUAGAGAGCAGCAAGAAGGACUUCCACGAGAUGUUCAAAAGGACGUACGGGAUCCUGUACGAGCAGAACGCCCACGUGUUUACGGAUCUCUUCCGCGACCUCCAGUCCUACUACGACGUGGGGCGCCUGGACCUCUCGGACGCCAUGGACCGGUUUUUCUCUAACCUUUACCAGAAGAUGUUCACCGUGCUCAACUCGCAAUAUCAGUUCGACGAAAGGUACUUGGGGUGCGUGUCGCAGCUGAUGGCAGAGUUGAAGCCGUUCGGAGGGGUCCCCGAGAAGUUGACGAUCCAGGUGAAGCGGAGCUUCGUCGCCACCCGCACCUUUGUCCGCGCUCUCUACAAGGCCCGUGACGUCAUCGCCAAUAUCCUUCGGAUGAAUCCAGGCCGAGAUUGCGGGCACUCGCUCAUGAAGAUGAAGUACUGCCCCUUGUGCGAUGGGCUGGGUGGGGAGGUGAAGGCCUGCACGGGGCUCUGCUCGGACGUCAUCUCCACCUGCCUGGCACGGCAUGCGAUGCUGCAGCCCGAGUGGAAGAACUUCCUCGAGGCCCUGAUCCAGGUGGCAGAUCGACUGGAAGGACCCUUCAACAUAGAGACUGUGGUCGGACCCAUUGACAUCAAGAUCAGUGAUGCUAUCAUGAACUUCCAAGAGAAUGGACCUGAAGUCUCCCAAAGGCCGAAGCUUGGUCGCAAGAGGCGGGACAGUCCAGGUGCAGGGGAGUUGACCUAUCAGACCAUGACCUUUGACCUUUCCAAGGAAGAUACAGGCAACUCCAAGCCCAUGGGUGCUCAGGCCACCAUGCUUGACCGUCUUGUCCGAGACAUCAAGAACAAGGUGAGAGAGUGGAAGAACUUCUGGACAGAGUUGCCAGGAAGUAUGUGUCAGGAUGGACCCAAAGCUGACACUGCUUGCUGGAAUGGAGAGGAAAUCGGCAGUUAUGCUGGAGAAGGAAAGUUGGAUAGAGUAUCAACUACAGAUUCAGAAGUGCCCUGGGACCCAAAUGUUGGUGAUCACAUGAGUCUGGUCAAUGACCAGAUCCUUGCUCUUAGACUCAUCACUUCCAAGCUGGAAAGAGCCUACAAUGGACUUGAUGUUCAAUGGGAUGAUGAUGAUUGGUUGUCAACCACAAAUGCUCACCACCAAGAUGUGCUGGAAGGAAGUGGGUUUUCAGAGGGAAGUGGAGACACAUGGAUGUCAUGGGGAGGACAGGAUCGUGUGGAUGAUGAAGACAAUUUUGAGGGGAGUGGGAUGUACCCCGGUGCACCUGAUCGACCAAAACCCCCACCAUUCCACCCACCAGAUUCCAACCGGGACAUCAAUUUUGGUGACCCAGAGGUCCCCACCACUAUUCCACCACGCAUAGGAACCCCAAAUGUCCCCACAGGGACUUCACCACCUGCUGCUAUCACACAUAAGAUGACCUUCUCACACGUGGUCAUCUCGUAUGUGGUCCCACUGGUGGUGACAUGGAUCGAGGUGGAGAGGCUUCAGAAUGGGCCAAAGACAGGGACGAAGACAGAGCGACGUUACGUCGAUGUGAUUAAAGAGAGACCGAUUCGAUUGACUGUCAAGGUCGUCGUGCCUGUCAAGGACCAUCCCAAGUUCAAUUUCGUGGGAAAGUUGUUGGGGCCGAAAGGGAAUUCACUGAAGAGGCUACAAGAGGAGACUAUGACGAAGAUGGCUAUCCUUGGCAAGGGUUCCAUGAGGGACAAACAAAAGGAGGAAGAGCUGAGGAGUUCCUGUGAUCCCAGAUACAGUCAUCUUCAUGAGGAACUCCACGUGGAAGUAACAGCUUUUGCUCCACCGGCUGAAGCCCACGCCAGAAUAGCUUACGCCCUUGCCGAAGUUCGGCGCUUUCUAGUCCCUCUAGGAGGUGAAUCAUUACGAUUCCAGGAUCACAAUGACGAGAUCAGGCAGGAGCAGAUGAGGGAGAUGCGCCUGUUGAAUGGCAGUAACGUCAUGGCGAAUGGCUCGGCUACGACGGCGACUGCGACUGCGACGACAGGCGAAGAUUCCGUCGGAGGUGGGGAGAUUUCCGCGCAUCCGGCUCUCAGGGGACUCUCGGCCAAGCAACUAGGAGGUCUCCUGCUGUCCGGAGCUAGGAGAACGAUGCUGGGAAGACUAAGAAGUGGGGUCCAAGGAACUCGGGCAUUAAGUCAGAUGAGUGGACCUGGGACAGAUCCCAUCGCACUUUUUGGGACACGCCCCAAUCCGAAUCAUCGCAAUCUUUUGGCGCUUCUCACCUGUAAAGCCGGAAAUCCAGGAAACUUGGAUUCCAGUGGGAACGAAGCUCCCCUCUACGACCUGACAGGGUGCAAUCUUUUCGAAGGGUACAGAGAUCUAGGACUUCUUCCGGAAGCGAUCGAGAAUCGACUGACCUCAGCUUCGCCGGAAAGCCUGGGCGAAUUAGAAGCCGGGGGAGGGGGACCCAUGAACUUGCGAGCAGCCUUGACGGCAGACCGGAGUCGAUUCCGACACGAGCCCUAUGCCCGAUUCACGAGUCAACCUUCCAAUUGAAUGGUGAUGGAUUCAUUGAAGAAAGCAAAAUUGUCGUCGUCAUCAGUCACAGGAUUACAAUUUUCUCAAGGACCCACCUCUCCCUGUAGUGGAAGAAGAAGUUUCGCCUGUUUGGAGUUCCCAAUUAAGCAGGAAGAAAAGUUCUCUACCCUUCUUCUUCCUCUUCGGGGAAGAGAAAACUUAUCAUGACUGAGCCGGCAUACAUGAAGUAUGGAAAAAGAAUGCAAAUGAAGGGGGGAUAUCGGAGGAGAAGGCAGCAGAUAUGAUAUCCCUGUGUGUCAGCAGAUGCCAGAUGAUAGAAACUUCCUGAGCUCCCAGAUGUGGCCUAGUAUCUCAUGAAAGGGAUCCCUCUUCUCUCUUCCGUACAAAAUGCAUCGUUUUCGGAUAUUUUGAUCUCGACUGGCGAGUGCGGGUGGAAGCCUGUGAUGCAUCUCACACUUUAUUCCUUCGGUAACUCAUCAUUUGCAUCCUUGCCGCAAAGAGGACGACAACUAGUUAAGAGAGGUAUCGAAGAUCGUGGCCAGGUGUCCUGAUUCUAUCUCAAAUUUCAGUCCUGGAUUUCUUGCCAAUAUUCAUGGCUGAAAUUGGAAAUGCAGAAUGGGAAAAAUCGUCAAAUCGUCAUACGGGGAUCUCUUCUUUUGUGCCAUCGGCUCGGAUGAAAACGCUUAACCAUAUGAAUGAUAUAUCAUUAUGCCGAGAGGAUCUUUUCUCUCCCUCUCUCCCAUGUAUUGUAUGUUUAUCAAAAAAGAAAACAGGUCUGUCACGUACCUUCCCACCGUGAUGUUUCAUUACUCUCACCCAUCCCUGUCAGUUCUGUAUCGCAUGGUAGAUGUCGAAGGGAAUCCUUGGAUGACUCACCCUUCCUUCGUAGCAGUCCUCUUGGUCAUCGUGCUACCUCUCACCUCA